AUGAAUUCUCAACUCAUCGCCGACCUCAAGAGACCCUCCUCGCCUGGUGACUACACCCGUACCUGCCGGUCUCUCGACGAGGCAGCAUCUUCGAUUGCGAAAGAUCUGAAAUCUCGUCAGCAACUGGGUACGGACCUACCCUCGAUCUGGCCUGCUCUCGGGAGAAUAUGGAGCGGAACUGCAACCGCUGUGGAACAAGAAGAAGAGGAAGACUCGGGUGAAGCGGCGCUAGUGACGAGCCUUGCCAAACUGACGCGCAAUCUUGUGGCUGGCAUCGCCCAUAACCAAGAGCAGGCCUUCGUUUUCGAACCGGAUAUAUCCAGGCUCAUAAGAGUGUACACCUCUUGGACCCGCGAGAAUGAAGAGUCCUCGCGCGUCGCGUUGCGCAUGUUAACGCAGCUCCUGUCAAACAUGGUCACCGUGAACGAGGACCUCCAACGCAAGCUGUUCCGCCGCUAUCUGAUAGAAGACGAAGAGAGAAGCCUUCUGUUACGUCUAGCGGAAUCUCAUGACGCGAAGACGACCCUUCCCCUACUCGUUCUCUUGCUGAACUGUAUUCGCCAAUCUCGCGCGCGGGCGGAAACCCUGGCUGUCUCUGUUACAGGAAACCGCCUCUGCGUGACCUUACUGGACAAGAUUGAAGCAAAUCUUGACGCUGAUACCGUCGGGCCGGGUGGGCAGGUCUUUGAGUUAGGAUACGCUGUAUUCGCCAGCCUGUUCGAGCAUGGGUUGUUCGGCGACCUCUAUUCUAGAAUUUCUAUCCAUGACGAGCCUAUCUCACCGCCGCAGACCACGUUACUGAAGCUACUCGACUCGUAUCUCCAAGCACGCAUCGGCGCCGAACCUGACCUCCACGACGCGGCGACUGCCGAAGCGCUCGUUGGUGCCUUCGGCCUCUUGUCUUCCUUCAUUCAGAAGGCAAUCUCUCAUGCAAUUGCGGGGCAUGUCGGCACCCCUCCGCCGGCGACCGACUCCACAACUGUAAGUGUCGCGGCCGACACGCUGCUAGAUCACCAUACGGAGAUGGAUCUCAGGACACCGAGCGCUGAGGCAGGAUUGAAUUCGCUGGAUCUACAACUGCCGCCCGCCUGUGCCGCGGUAGUCCUUAUCGCGCAGUGUUUGAACUCGCUUCUUCUUGCCGAGUCAGAUGCCCCACAAGUCACGAAUGAGUGCAAGGCCGUGGUAUUGAAGACCGAUGUCCUAGAGAGCUUGCUCGAGACGCUUCGGCAGCUCGAUAUCUUCCUCCCCCGCAUCGCAUUCGGGAAGGUUACACCCUCACCCGCUGCCCCUCCGAGUGCAGGCGCUGGCGAUCCCUCUCGCGCCGAUGCUCACGGUUUUGCCUACGUCAAGCGCGAUCUUGUCAGGCUUCUUGGUACCCUCGCGCACGGCUCGCGCAACGUGCAGGAUCGUGUGAGGGAGGCGAAGGGCAUUGAGGUUGUCCUAAACCUAUGUGUUGUCGAUGAACGCAAUCCAUACCUGCGAGAACAUGCAAUCUUUGCUCUGAGGAAUCUGUUACAUGAAAAUCAAGAGAACCAGGCCGUCGUCGAGCAGCUCAAGCCUAUGGGAACGUGGGAUGGCAGCGCGGCCUUUGAAGGGUAG